GGGCUGGAUUAAUUCCUGACAUCCACAUCUUUUCUCAUCCAAAAGCAGUUUAAAUUAAGAGAUCAAAGUCAAAAUUUUCUGCGGUUGGACUUUUGUUAUUUACAUCAAUCAAAUCAAAUACUUGUUGAAUCUUAUUCAGCCAGUUUACAAUGGAGAUAAAGUAAUGUGAAGCUUUUCAACUCUGAACAUUUCUAGAAUGCAACUUGAAGUCCAAAAGCUGCUGCUUGUAAUCUUUUCAAGGUAAAACCACUAGUUGAUUGGUAGAUGGUACAAAAACACAGUCCAAACUUGUAGGAUUCUCUCUUGUAUUAUCCCAUCUAAAUGGAAACAAAAGGAGGGAGAAAAUGGAAGUCUAAUCAUGUCAUCAAUUGCUUCGGAAACUAAAGUAUGAGUAUCAGUCGUAUGGCAUCGAGUUCAUUUAGAAAGAUAUGGAAGACUACCAGUCUGAAACCACAAGAAAAUGCAACGGUAAGGGGCAAAUACAUGGUUUUUGAAGGAAGCAUAGAAAACUUUAUAGAGAAUGGAGCAUUGGUAUUAGAGGAAAGCAUUUCUUUGUUUCAUGGUAAAUCAAACCCCAUCCGCUACUUCUCAGUAGAUGAGCUCAAUGCUAUGAAUCUGGAAAAACACUCUAUGUCUUUUAGGGAACGGGAUGUUAAGUGGUACAAAGGUUUUUGGGAUGGAAGAUGUGUUUUGGUAAAAGAACAAUCUGAAAAACAUAAUUCUGAUCUCAGGUUAGCAACUUUCCGUGAGAUUGUGGUUGCUGCACAAAUGAGCACUCAUAAUAACGUGCACAAGCUUGUCGGAUGUUUUGUUGAGACGAAAUAUACAGUCCUCGUUUUUGAGUGGGUAGAAAAUGAUACUCUUCAUGAUCUAAUCUUCAAACAUAAACCAGCACUUGAUUGGAAGGAGAGGCUGAGAAUUGCAUGGGAAAUCGCUCAUGCUAUGUCAUAUCUUCACACUGCAUUUCACCGGCCUAUAAUUCAUAGGAGUUUAAAGCCUCAAAAUGUGUACUUGAGCAAGGAGGAUAAUACUGCUAAAUUGUCAGACUUCAGUCUUUCAAUUUCUGUUCCUGAGGGUGAAGAAUACGUUGAAGAUAUUGUGGUGGGCACAUUCGGUUAUCUUGCUCCUGAAUAUAGCUAUUUUAACAGACUUGCAGAGAGUGUAGAUGUGUAUACGUUUGGUGUGUUUUUUCUCGUGAUAUUGACAGGAAAAGAUGCUGUAUUAAGGCCAGUCAAGCCAUUAGAGGACAGUGAUGAGAUGACUCCUUUAGUUGAGUGGGUUAAGAAUGUAUUUGGAUACAAAUGCAUAUCAGAGAUCGUAGACCCUGCAAUCACUGGAACGGAUGAACAAGUUAAACAGCAAUUAAGAGCAUCAAUAGAGCUUGCACUCCGGUGCACGGAAACAGAAGAAGAUUCCAGGCCGACUAUGGUUGAUGUGGCAACUCAACUCAAGACCAUCAUCAAAUCCUCUCAAUCAAUCUGUCCCUUAUCUGUUACAGGGCAGCUUUCUGCAAGCUGCUCACAUAAUCUAAUCUGUUAGCUCAACUGUAAGAAUCUAAUCUAACCUGUUAGCUCAACUGUAGAAUGAGAUGCUAACUUGCUCAUCUUUUGGAAUAUCAUAAUCUACAAUUUUCCUGAAUAAUGCUCCACUACUUAAAAUGUUCCUGAAUUUUCUACCUAUACUUGAUGUUGCUGCUAUGUCCA